AUGAAACACACAAAGUGGACAACCUGUCCACAGCAAGGCGGCAAGGCUCGCAGUCAUAGUCACAGUCACCGUCUCAUCUCCUGCCUUGCUCUCCCGUACACAGGUAGAAAAGUGUCCUUUCAAUCAGCGGCUGUAUCGACCCCUUGCAGCCCCUUCCACCGUGCGUCUAUCGCCACGCCCAAGCGCGGCCUACUUCCACGGUGGAAGGCACCAGAACCCCUGCGGCAGCGCGGCACCGUGCUGAGUCACGGGCGCCCAGCCAGCCAGCGGCGGCGGAAUCGCCCUCAACGGCCAGCGCGCAAUUGCCACAGCCGCACGGGGCGUGGCAGGGGUCGCGGCGCUAGGGCCCGAAGCAGACUAGCGCGGGCAGUGGGCAGCCUCUGA